AUGGUUUCAGGAGGAAGGUCAACAUUGAACCCUAACGCCCCUCUUUUCAUUCCUGCUGCUUUCUGCCUAGUGGAGGAUUUCUCUCCGGAAUGGUGGCAGUUGGUCACAACCUCAACAUGGUACCGUGACUAUUGGCUCAGCCAGCAUCAGGGUGAGGAUGGUUUCUAUGACAAUGCCGAGGAUGAUUUUGAUGGUAUCAAUUUAGUGGAUUUGCUACCGGAGACUUUUGAAUUUGAUGAUGGGGAAGAUUUUUCGAAUACGGAGGAAACUCAGUACGAUGUGUAUAGCCCGUCUUUUGAACAGAAAGGCUUUGGAAUGAAUGCUGAGGCACUGGUGAAAAGUCUGAAAUCUUUGGAUGAAAGAGGAGGUCCCAAGUCCCCAGUUCAACGUUCAAAGUAUUCAGAGAAACCAGCCAAGUACGUGAACCCAAAAUGCAGCCCCCGACGCAUCCAGCAGCCUCGUUGAAAGGGAGCAAGCUUGAUGUGACUUUAGCUUCUUGUAGUUCUUUAUGUAGUACCCAAGCAAAGUAAUGUUUCGCAUUUCGCUUUCUGCAGCUUCUGUAUAGAGCAAGGUUGCAACUCUUUCGUCCAUCCUUGUUCAUUCUCGUUUCUUUGUACGGUUUACUGUCAGCUUACCAACAAUUCUCUUGGAAUAGAAAAUGUGAAAAAAAACGUAGAAAUUGUAACGAAAGAAGAAAAAAAGAGGUUAUGUUUAUCACCAAAAAAAAAAAA